AUGGUUUGUAUAGCACUGAUAGGGCGACGCCGGAUUUUUAAUGUCGAAAGAGAUGGGAUCCGGCGCGGACUGCGGGUGUCACUGUUGGCCAGGGCGGAGAAACGGCUCCGCUAUCGGCUCCUCCCCGAUCCCUGCGCCCGUGCAGGGCCAGUCCACACGGAGCCGAGCAGAGGGAAGAGCAGACACUGCCGGACUCAGUCCGUCCUCCCACCGGCAACAGGGAUUUCCUCUCUUUAUUUCUUCCAGGUCCUGAUUCAGCUGCUCUCAAAGCCGAAUUUAAAAUCGUUCCCAAAAUACGCUUCAGCAAAGCAGAGAAUGGAGAUCCGAGCGGCAGCUCAGGGCCGAACAGCUGCUGGGCGGUUCGUGCUGUUGGCCGUUCUCCUGCCGGUGUGCUGUCGGGCGGCAACGGAGCGACUCCGUUACACCAUCCCCGAGGAGAUGGGCAGAGGCUCGCUGGUGGGGCCGCUGGCGCGGGACCUGGGGCUGAGCCCGGCGGAGCUGCCGGCACGCAAGCUGCGGAUAGUCUCCGGUAACGACGAGCAAUACUUCAGUCUCGAGGAAGGGAAUACAAAUCUGCGGGUAAAGGAGAGGAUAGACCGAGAAGACAUCUGCGGGGCCGUGUCGCCCUGUGUCCUCAGUGUGGAGGCAGUGGUGGAAAACCCUUUCAAUAUAUUUCAUGUCAGCGUUACUGUCGAGGAUAUCAAUGACAACGCGCCGCAGUUUGACAGAGAAGUUGUUGCCAUAGAAAUGAUCGAGACCACUCCUCCUGGGGCCAGGUUCCCACUGGGCGUCGGCAGAGACCCCGACAUUGGGGUCAACUCAUUAAAAAGUUACCAACUUACUACCAACCCGCUUUUCUCCCUUGAAGUGAAGGAGAGACCUGAUGGAACGAAACAGCCAGAAUUAGUGCUGGAGAAAAGCUUAGAUCGAGAAAAACAGAUAAACCACCAUUUGAUACUGACGGCAGUGGAUGGCGGGAAUCCAGUCCGAUCCGGGACCACCCAGGUUAAGAUUAACGUGACCGAUGCAAAUGACAACCCGCCGGUUUUCACCAAAGAGAUCUACAAGGUCCGACUGAUGGAAAACCUGCCAGAGGGUUCCUUAGCCUUCCAGGUGAAAGCUACUGAUGGCGACGAAGGUACGAACGCAGAAAUCUCCUACUCUUUCAGCGAAAUUGCAAACAGUGCUCGCCAGCUCUUCGCUCUGGACUCCAGGACAGGGGACGUGAAGGUCACAGGCCUCUUGGAUUAUGAAGAAGGGAAAUAUUACGAAGCGACUGUCGAAGGCAAGGACGGGGGUGGGCUGAGAGCACACGCCAAAGUGCACAUCGACAUUGUAGACGUGAACGACAAUGCCCCACCCCUUUCCCUCCUGCCUAUUUUGAACCCGAUACCUGAAGACUCGGUCCCGAGCACAGUUGUAGCUGUGCUCAAUGUCCGUGACAGAGACUCCGGGGAUAACGGAGCAGUGAGCUGCAACGUCGACGAGGAUUUGCCUUUCAGACUAGAACGGUCAUCAGAGAACACCUAUAAACUGAUCACAGGCAGUGCCCUGGACAGAGAACAGGUCUCCACCUAUAAUAUCACCAUCACGGCCAAGGACAGGGGCAGGCCGGCGCUGUGGAGCAGCGCGGCGCUGGUGCUGGAGGUAUCGGACGUGAACGACAAUGCGCCGGUGUUCGAGGAGGCCGCGUACAGUGCCUACGUGGCGGAGAACAACGCGGCGGGCGCGGAAGUGCUGCGUGUGCGCGCUUGGGACGCGGACGCGGGCGCCAACGGACGCGUGA